AUUGUCCCCGUUAUAUGCAAUAUAAAAGAAUUGGAUUUCUGGUAAACAAUAUCAGUUUCCAUUUGAACUCAGUCGUAUCAGGGUUUCAAAAAUUAUUUACAAAAAUGCAUACCAAGGUCCUCUGCGUUUUUGCCCUUAUCGCAGCGGCGGCUGCUCAGCAUGGGCACCACGCGCACUCCUCGCAGCACAUCUCCAAGCACGAUGAACAUCCUCAAGAGGUCACCAUCAAGGACCACCACGGACACGAGAAGCACGUCGACUAUUACACUCACCCCAAAUACAAGUUCGAGUAUAAAGUGAAUGACGAGCACACGGGCGACCACAAGACCCAGAACGAGCACCGCGAAGGAGACUCUGUGCAUGGUUUCUACAGCCUGCACGAGCCCGACGGCUCUGACCGACAUGUGCAUUACCACAGUGACCACCACACCGGUUUCCACGCUGACGUCAAACACAGUACCCACCACAUCGUCCUCUGCGUUUUUGCCCUUAUCGCAGCGGCGGCUGCUCAGCAUGGGCAUCACGCACACUCCUCGCAACACAUCUCCAAGCACGAUGAACAUCCUCAAGAGGUCACCAUCAAGGACCACCACGGACACGAGAAGCACGUUGACUAUUACACUCACCCCAAAUACAAGUUCGAGUACAAAGUGAACGACGAGCACACGGGCGACCACAAGACGCAGAACGAGCAUCGUGAGGGAGACUCUGUGCAUGGUUUCUACAGCCUGCACGAGCCCGACGGCUCUGACAGACAUGUCCACUACCACAGCGACCACCACACCGGUUUCCACGCCGAUGUCAAGCACAGCACCCACCACAUCGUUCCUCAUCACCACCAUCAUCAUUAAACUCAAAAAAGCCU